AUGAUUGAUGAGACUAGAAGUGGCUUUCAGAAUUUCCCGGUCAGCAUUGUCAAUAUUCAGUCGACGGGACAGCGAAUCAUUGUGUCGGACGCGCAGGAAUCGGUGCACUUUUUGCGCUAUCGAAAACGGGAUAACCAAUUGGUGAUUUUUGCCGAUGACACAACGCCACGCUAUGUGUCGUGUGUUUGCGUGCUCGAUUAUCACACGGUGGCGAUUGGCGACAAAUUUGGCAAUUUGGCGAUUGUGCGCCUUCCCGAGAAGGUCAACGAGGAUGUUCAGGAGGAUCCGACCGCCUCGAAAUCAAUGUGGGAUCGCGGAUAUUUGAAUGGAGCAUCGCAGAAGGUUGAUUUGGUGGCGAAUUUUUAUGUCGGCGACAUGAUCACCAGCCUUCAGAAGACUUCACUAGUGCCAGGCGCCAAUGAGGCUUUGGUGUACACGACGAUUGGCGGAGCGAUCGGAUGCCUUGUUAGCUUUAUGUCGAAAGAUGAAGCCGAUUUCUUCACGAAUUUGGAGAUGCAUGUGCGAAGCGAGUAUCCGCCGUUGUGCGGUCGCGAUCAUCUUGCCUAUCGUUCGUAUUAUGCGCCGUGCAAGAGCGUGAUCGAUGGUGAUCUUUGCGAACAGUUUAGCAUGAUGGAAGUGCAACAGCAGAAGGAGGUUGCCGAAGAGUUGGGAAGGACUGUUAGUGAGAUCUCGAAGAAGCUUGAGGAUAUUCGCACAAGAUACGCGUUCUAA